CUUUGCAUUUUUUACAGGGAUAUUAUAGAAGAGCUGCAGCAUAUAUGUCACUAGGAAAAUUUAAAUUGGCUUUAAAAGAUUUUGAAGCUGUGACAAAAGCAAGACCCAAUGACAGAGAUGCAAAAAUGAAGUUUAAUGAAUGUAAUAAAAUAGUUAGAAGGGUAGCUUUUGAAAAAGCAAUAGCUGUUGAUGAUACAAAAAAGUCAGUAGCUGAUGAUAUAAAUCUUGAUAGCAUGACAAUAGAAGAUAAUUACAUAGGACCAAAAUUAGAAGAUGGGAAAGUAACUAAAAAGUUUAUGGAAGAGUUAACAUCUGCUUUUAAAGAUGGGAAAAAAUUACAUAGGAAAUAUGCUUAUAAAAUGCUGUUGGAUAUAAAAGAAAUAUUUCAAAAUUCACCUAGUUUAGUUUAUAUUGAUGUUCCACCAGAUAGCAAAUUUACGGUUUGUGGAGAUAUUCAUGGACAAUAUUAUGAUUUGCUCAAUAUAUUUGAACUGAAUGGACUUCCUUCCGAAACAAAUCCUUAUCUUUUUAAUGGUGAUUUUGUUGAUAGAGGAUCAUUUUCUGUUGAGUGCAUUUUUACAUUAUUUGGUUUUAAAUUGCUUUAUCCUAAUCAUUUCUACAUGUCUAGAGGCAAUCAUGAAAGUGAAACAAUGAAUCAAAUGUACGGGUUUGAAGGUGAAGUCAGAUCAAAAUAUUCUGCUCAGAUGGCAGAAUUAUUUACAGAAGUAUUUAAUUUUCUUCCAUUAGCAUAUUGUAUAAAUAAAAAAAUACUGGUUAUGCACGGUGGUUUAUUUUCUCAAGAUGAUGUUACAUUAGAAGAUAUAGAAAAAACAGACAGAAACAGACAGCCACCAGAAGAGGGUAUUAUGUGUGAAUUACUAUGGUCUGAUCCCCAACCACAAAAGGGACGUUCGCCCAGUAAGAGGGGUGUUGGAAUCCAGUUUGGUCCUGACGUUACCAAAAAGUUUAUAACUCAUAAUAAUUUAGAUUACAUUAUUCGUAGUCACGAAGUGAAAGCGGAAGGUUACGAAGUCAUGCACGAUGGAAAAUGCAUAACUGUAUUUUCGGCUCCAAAUUAUUGUGACACAAUGGGAAAUAAAGGAGCUUUCAUAACUAUGAAUGGAAGAGAUCUGAAACCAAAUUUUGUAACUUAUAGUGCAGUACCUCAUCCAAAUGUUAAACCUAUGGCCUAUGCAAGCAAUUUAUUAGCAUUUAUGUGACAAAAAUACAUAGGUGCUUAGGACAAUUAAUUCCUAUCUAGUAUCCUGCCUGAAAAUCAUUCGUUCAUCAAUGCCUAUCAUUAAAAAAAAAUAAAUAGGUCCAUUGAAUUAGGGUUUCUGUCAUCUGUUGGUGUCAGUAAAAUAUUUAAUGAAAACAAAAAUAUGUAUGGGAACUUAGUUGGCACUACAAAGAUCAUUUUAUCAUGCACUAUGAUGAUGUGUAUAUAUCUAUUGCAAUUCGGUAAACUGUUACAUACAACAACAUUUUUGUUUUUAUAAAAUUCUGUUAGUUUUUCAUUAAUAUAUAGAAAGCAUAUCUUAAAAAAUCAUCCUAUAUUAAAACAUUUUUCUGACAAUUUUAUAACCUACAUGUCAAUGCAUUAUACACCUCAUUUGUAAGAAAAGAAGAGAGAACUUGUAAUUAGCAUACACUCAAUAAUUUACUUACAAUUUAAUUCAUUGUUUGUUUUCAAAUUUUGAUAACAAUUUUUCAGUAAAAAAAAAAAAUAUUGAAUAUCAGUUUAAUUUUAAAAGAGCAGUUUUAAUAAAAUAAAUAAAUAUAUACAUAUAUUUAUUUAAAUUUUGUAUCAUUUCCCAUUUGUUAAUACUUGUGGUUUUUGUUUUUUGUCGACUGUAUUCGGUUGCAGUUUCUAUGUACUGUACCGUAUCAUACGAAUUUAGUGUGCGUCCAAAGGGAUAGUGACUGUGAUUUUUGCAAAAUGUAAUAUUUUAAAGUGAAAUUUUCUUAUGGUUGCAAGAUAUUUUAUUUUUUGCCGUGUUUAUAUGUCCGUUUGUGUAAUUUAACACCAGCAGAUGACUGAAUUUGAGUCGACCGAUUUAUGUUUAAUUAUUGCUAUGCAGAAAUCUGCACAACAAAUGCGAGUAAAUCUUGCAUUUCUGUAAAUAAAAAUUAUUAAAAAAAAGAAUAUUUCUUUAAUUUUUUAA